AGCAGGAGGCGAAUGAGUUUCAAUUUUACUGGAUUACAGAACAAAGAAAGGGGAAAGGGACACCCUGCUCUGUUAAAGGGAAAAGAGAAAUAAACUCAGAUAAAAUACACAAAUAAUAGAAUAUAAAACGUGCGAUCGAAGUCAACAUUGUGAUGUUCCGGAUUACGAUGUUUUAGCAGACGCUGCAGCUACAUUGUGGAUGAGAAUUGUGUUUCUGAUGGAUUAAAACGGGGAAUAAACCUAUUCCGGGAUUGACAGCAGCAACAAGGCUAUUUAAUCGCUAAUUAAGAGGCAUGGCUCAGAUGAGGAAGCUGGCAUGUGAUGGCAUCAGGACGAACUCCCGCGGUGACUCACAGGCCCCGCUGGUGUCAGCCAGACAGGAGAUCCUCACCAGCCUGGUGUCGGCGCUGGACUCAGUGUGCAUGGCGAUGUCUAAGCUCAAUGCCGAGGUGGCGUGCGUCACCGUCCACGAGGACAGCGUGAUCGCUGUCGGCACAGAGAAGGGCAGAGUGUUCCUCAACUCCAGGAGGGAAAUCCAAACAGACUUCUACAAGUUUUGCCGGGGGCCAUGUCUCCAGAAUGUGCCCACAGCAAACGCUCACACCAAAGACCAGGACGGCGAUCUGAGCAAACUGAGUAAGGAGGGGGAGCAUGGGAAGUCAAGAGCGCCAUCAGAUGCUCAGUCCAACAUCUUUGUUCUGAGGAAGAUGGUGGAGGAAGUCUUCACUGUACUGUACAGUGAAGCUGUGGGUAAGAGCAGCCUGGUCCCUGUGCCUUAUGAGCGGAUCCAGAAGGACCCCGGCUGUGUGGUGGCCCACGGCCUGCCUGAGGGAGCCACGCUGAAGAAGCCCUCGGAGUACGACACAAAGACACUGAUGAAGAUUCUGGAGCAGAGCCACCGCAUCCAGUUCACGGUAAAAAGACCAGCAGAAGAUUUGUCUCGAGAAGUCAAGUCCAGCACUGACGUUAAUCACAACUCCAUCCCGCCGUCCUGA